AUGUUACAACCCGAUUCCUGUGCUUGUGGGAUGGACAAUUUACAAUUGUUCCAAGUCCCUCCCACUAAUAUUGCUUUAGAAGACUCCAAAUGGGAAGAAUAUUACCCUAUUUCUAGUACUUUAGAUUCAGAGACAGCUCCGAUCGAAUUUGAAAUUAAAGGACAAGGAGAUCAAUAUCUAGAUUUAUCUCAAACUUAUCUUCAAAUGGUAUGUCAAUUUGUCCAAAAUGAUGGAAGUGAUCUGGGUGGAGAUCCUGCUAAAACAGCCCCAGUGAAUAAUAUCUUACAUUCCUUGUUUACGGAAAUUGAUGUUAAUGUCAAUGGAAAAAUAAUCACUCCAGGGACCGAUACUUAUCCUUACAAAGCUUAUCUGGAGAAAUUACUGUCUUAUAAACCCAGAACUUUAGCCACACAAAUGAAAGCCUGUAGUCUAUGGGAAAAAGAUACGGCAGGACAUAUGGACGAAAGAGGGCUAGCAGCUCUGGGAGUGGCUGCUAAUCAGACCUUUGCUGUAGCUGCUGAUGCUUGUACCAUUAACAAACCCAUCAUCCCAGCGUACCCAGCCAAUUCUAAAAACGAAGGAUACAGAAAACGUCAUGAAGCCAUAGAUGCUAGUAAGAAAAUUACUUUGUUGGAUCGUUUACAUCUGGAUUUGUUUCAACAAGAUCGAUUUCUACCGAAUGGAGUGGACGUCCGUUUGAGAUUUAAUCGAGCUAGACCUGAUUUCUACAUGAUGACGGCUCAAGCCAAUACGGGAAAAGUCAAAAUAUUAAGUAUGGUCUUGUGGGUGAGAAAAGUGAAACCUUCCUCUACUUUAAUGAAUCAGAUCAAUCAAACUUUGAAUACUUACAGAGCCAAAUAUCCAUUAAGAAGAGUAGAAGUCAAAAGUUUUACCAUACCUACAGGAACUCAAUCUAAGAUUACGGAUCAUCUGUUUCAAGGCCAGAUGCCAAAAAGGCUCAUUUUAGGGUUUGUGGAGAAUGCGGCUUUUAAUGGAGAUAAAACUAAAAAAUCCCUUUAA